CUUAUCAUAUUUCUAUGAUUCUUUUUUUAUUAGAAAGGUUUUUGUUUCAGUGAAAAUUUAAUAAAUUUUAUGAAAUCAUAUCUAACUAAUCAUAAUAAUGUUAAGUAAGACAAUGUAGUGUCAAACACAUUUACAAAUUCUUCAGGAGUACCCCCAGGAAUCCAUACUAGAACCUCUACUUUUAAUCUUGUUUAUAAAUGAUGUCAAUGAAUAAAUUAAAUCAUCGAAAUUUUUACUUUUUGCAGAUGACAAAACUAUUUUUAAUAAUCAGCUCCCCUAAGGAUGUAGAUGUUCUUCAGUCUGAUAUUAAUAUCAUCUGCAAAUAUUGUAAACUCAAUGAUUUAUCCUUAAAUUAAUUAAGUGUAAGGUUAUAACGUAUACUGAAAAAAUUAACAAAUAAGAGAUUAUGAAUUCAUUGUUUCCAAUUGUUUCAUUUUGGAUCCAAAAAUGAGUUCCAGACCUGGUUCUGGCUCGAAUCUUAAACCAGGUCAUAGAAGAUCUGAGUCAAGUGGACAUCACAGGCACAGUUCAGGUAGUUUCAAUCAAAACAAAACGGAUUCUGGCCAAAGCUUGAAUUCUGACUACCAUGGACACCAAAAACAUGGACAUCACAGGUCGAAGUCUAGUGUGGUUGAUAGAGAUGGAGAUAAAGAAAAAUCAGCUACUCCAAGAUCUUCACUUAGACUAGAGUUCCAUCCUGCUCAGCAAGAAAACCAACACUACCCAGCUAGACCGACCUCUCUGUAUCCUCUUAGGUCUAACGACAGUGGUAUAAUUGGCCAUGAUCCUCUGCAACCGGAGAGGGAACCUUUGAGAUUUGAUGUCACUCUAGUUGGGGCUCCACCAGAAGUAGAGCAACUGGUUAAUAAUAUCAAACAAGUUGCGGAACAAUUUUUGUAUCAUUGGAAGACCUUUCCUAUUAUUCUACCUAGUCCAGUUUCUCACUGCGAUCUCUUCACUACAUCUCAGGUAUCUUCUGAUGGAUCUCUAGGUCGAUGCAAAACAAAGUAUCACCUCAGGGAUCUGUUCAUAGCGCCGUCGUUUGAUGAAUUGGACGCAGUCGCUGUAGAUGGUAAAGGAGAACCGAGAAGAUUAACUGGAAAGCAACUCGAAUACAUUAGAGAAAGAGGCAUUUUCGAGGUAGAAUCACUGAAUUUUCCUGGCCAGAAACACAGAUGGAAGCUUUCGCAGCUCUUGCAAAAAGGAUUAUUGAACAGCCACGAUUCUCUACUCAACGAUUUAGCUUUAGCUCUUAGAUUUAUAGUGGUUACAGCUAGAGGGCGACUGCUGUCGCAUUUUUUCAGCAUUUCGCAGGCAGCUAGAGCACUGUUGGUAGGAUUUUUGAGGAUUAUUGAUGUUUUCAUUGGUAUACCCAGUCUGCAGGCGCAUAAUUUGGACACCAAGCUUAGAGAAGAAAGAAACAAGUAUCUUGUUGCUGAGUUGGUCUGUCGCCCUGAAAAUGAAGAAUCUUUGGAAGUUCUCUGCUCCUUCAUCCGCAAACAACUUCGACGCGCAGCUACGGAAAAAUUCGAAGUCACUAGAGAAUGUACUCAACCUCCUGUUUCCGUUCCUUAUAAAUUUUUAACACCUUCCGGAUCAGAACUCGAUUUGAGAUUAUGGGACAGAGCUUUAAUGAGAAAACUAUUACCUAUUUUAGUAGCGAUUUUAGAACGCGAAACCAGGGGAUGGUUUUUACAUUUCAGAGAGAGAUUAAUAGCCGAAUUGCGGACUCAAAAAAUGCCUGAUGAAGAUAUCGAAAGGGAAGUUAACGAAGCUGUUAUGAAAGAAUACCUUCAAAGAGUCUACAACGGCAUUUUGUCUCAUCCGGAUAUAAUGGCUUUGGGUGAAGAUUUCGGGCAACUUUUAGUUCAACAGGCACAAAGCGUAGUACUGAUGCACAGGGCGGUCGAAAACGUUCAACAUCGUCUGUAUAAAUCACAAGAAGAAGUGAAAUCGCGGCUAUGCAGUUACAAUCCUGUUUUAUCGAGGAUUGGGCCGUGGUUGCGAGCGAAAUUAAGGGCAGCUGAGCAGAAAUUUAGUCAGGAAAAUGAGUGGAGUGCUCACGAAGAGGCUUUAAUGUUAUGUAACUCACAGAGGCUAUCACAGACGGUUUACUUUUUAAAUAGGGAUUUAACAUUUAUGAAAGAACGAGAACCAGCUUUACUUAGAGAAUUGAGAAAAGACAAACUUCCGACGAGAAAUUUUUUGUGGCCGACGCAAAUUUGGUUACCGAAAAAUUGGAUAGUCAGAAGAAACUUCCAGGGCCAAUCCGAAGUCGUUCCUACAGUUUUGAGCAAGCAAGCUACCAGUAUUACCACACCUAGAUCCGAUCCUAGUCAACCAGUAUUCUUAGUCGAAAAAGAAACUGUCAGGACCACAACAACUCGUUGGCCUCUUUGGCGAAUAUUCAAUUACUUUCAUCGCACGUGGUGCUGGACCUGGAACGCCAUGUUUUUCUUCGGAAUUGUUCUGCCGUGGUGCAGCCCAGUUGGUCUCCGAGCACUUUUCUGUUUAGAACCCUUUAUGGCGGAUUUGGAACUGUCUCAGGUCAACGGAACCUUGUUCCCUAGAAAGAGUAGCUUGACGCCGACGUUAAUGUCAAGGUUGCUGAGUCUUUGGAGGCACAUUUCUAAAAGUAGGACGUACUUCGAAACAAAACCGGACACAGGGUUCAUCGGAAAGGGAUUAACAAGGCAUUUAAAUCGGAUUUGGAAUUAUUUUAUAAAAGGAUUAUUCGGAACAGCUCUAAUAGUCCUCGUCUUGCCAAUAGUUUGCUUUGUCGUAACAUUUUCCAGUCUCUUCGUUGCCAUAACUUCAGUUGCUUGGAUGCCUUUGCUUACGCUUGCUGUCCAAGUUACAAAUCUGUUAAUUUACGAUUUGGACAGUCCCGAGCAGAAAAGGAACAGAUUUUUCGUCGUCUUCGAAGCUUUGGUUUGGAAUAUUUUCAUACAGGGAUGUCUUCAGCCUUUGGUAGCCGUUUUUGUAGCGUCUAUCGUGUGUCCGGCGGUUUCACUCAUAAUUUUGGCAGGUGGUUUCAUGCGUUAUUGGCUACGUCUUCUUUGGGACGCGUUCAUCUUCCAUAUGCUAAUAAAGAAACGCGGUCGUGUUCCUGCCAGCGACAGCUUCGUAGUAAAAAGAAUAGCGGGGCCUGGCUUAGCGUCUGAUUACUACUUCCAAAUUAGUCCUGAACAAGCGCUGGCAGCUUUCGAAGCCAAAAUGGAGUGGGAUGAAUUGGCAGCUUAUCAAACAGUUGUAGAAGGUACCAUCGUGCAACCUCAGAAGGAUUUUAGUCACUUCGUCGAAGCGUGUUUCGGUAGCUUUUCAACGCAGUUGGCCAAAAACGGGGCAUACAAAAGUUUGGAGAAAGAAGCGCAAGAUUUGAUGGUGAUUUUGCACGAAAAACUGGAAAAGAGGCGAAGAGAUUUGCAAACGGGAUUGAAUGUUUCUGUUAAGAGCAAAGUGAAAUUAAGUACACCGGAUUUGAAGAUCGCAAUCCAGCAGGGCGCGUUGAUGUUGGAGCGGUUUUAUCCGAAACAUAUUAUAACGAAAAUAGGUUGCACAGAAGAUCAAUUUUGGGAUAAUAGAGCCCUAAGUCCCGGCGAUUGGGCAGGAUUAGCCGGGCUUCUAUAUUCAGAGUUGUUUAGUUUAGAUUUUUUGACGCCGUUGGACCAUACGGAUACUAGUUUCAGACUAGAUUCCCAUCCUCAGGUCGAUUUGUCGAGGUACACUGAGAUGGUACAGUGUGCUCAAUUAGGUGCAGGAGGGCCAGAUCUUCUGGGUAAUGUGUAUACUCCUAGAGGAAAUAUUCAAGUACAUUCUCCAUACUUGGACGUGUCUGCAUUUAAUCCGCGAUACAAGCUCACGGCGACUGGAAAAAAAGCAGAGAAAACAGAAGACACUUCUGCAGUAUUGGGGUCGUUGAAGCCGAGCUGUAAGGCAAUUCUGUGGAUGCCUUGGAAAAAACAUAGCCGUCCUUUUUCGCCAGACAAAAUGAUGAUACCGCUUCCUAUUCCUCAUCCAGCUCAUAUCGCUGUAACGGUUUACAACAGAGAUUCGGACGAUCCAAUUCCUCUGGAGUCCGACACCUGUCAAAGUAUUUUAAGGGGUAUCGAAGAGAGUCAUGUGUCACCUGAUGAUAGUGGUAUAGGUAGAUUCAAGGGCGGGGCGGACUCUUUUGGGGGCACUACGAGUUCCAGUUCCGAUACACUGGACAGUCAGCCAAUAGAAGAGUCGACGAAUGAAUCGUCGGAAGGGGCCUAUCGUUGGACUCUGAGCAACUGGGGUGGCAGGAAACGCCAAAAUUCGGGUAGCGUACGCGUAGACCUUGCCAGUCCUGAAGACGUCACUUUGGAUAGUGACAGCACUAGGGUUGUCUUUUGUACAUAUGGGACGACAGUAUGAUAGGAAAUUUGAGAGGUUGUAAUUUCAUUUUAAGGCCGCACAAAGGGUGUCUUAAGUAAAAAAAACUCCGCCGUAGAUAUUAUAAAUAUAAAAUUUUAUAGAAUACGAUAAAGGAUGCGGACGUAAUGCCGAAAAUGGUCUUGCCAAAAAGUUUUGUAUAGGUGUCUCUCUGUUUGUUCAGUUUGUAUUUUCUUUAGUAUCCAGACGAAAUUUUAAGUCUUAAUCUGCAUAAAAUUUGCGGCUGUGACGCACUGUAAGGUUUUUCUUUAAUUCAACUUUGAGGCCCCACCGUUGAUCAAAUUUCCAUUAUGGUCUCCUUAGUUUUUGUCGUGUAGGCAAAAUGCGCUUUUGUAUAGUGGCGGUUGGUCCGUAAGGGCUCUUGGGCACGUGCCCUAGCAUAAUAAACCAAAAAAAAAAUAACUUACAUAUUUUAUAUUUUUCUCAAUGCCUAUUAUUAUUUUACUAAUAUUCAGCGCAAAUCGCGUUGGCACGACACUGGACGACCGGGCGUUGAGCGACGUUCCGAGAAUGCCGAAAUUAAGUGGAAGAUAGGUACAGGGCACAGUCAAUGUGUGCCUCUGUUGUUUACUCUCUCAUUAUGACGCGAAAACACAUGCGGUGGAUUAUACGUCACAAACGGGGCGCUAUCCUCAUCGUGACGUGCCGUACCCAUUGUUUGUUUGUUUACCUUCAACUUAGCGCUACCGGGUGGUUUUGCUUGUUGAUCUUUUGGGGCCGUAUAUUUCGGUAAUCCGUUUUGAUAAGUGUAAUAUACAAUUGUUAUUUCACAUUAUAUAUCACAUGUUAUUAUCAAUUCUGCGGGGAAUUCCGUACAAAAUAUUUUAAAGGUACGUUAUCGUUUAACGACCGAUACCGAAUUUGCAGAUUGAGCAAAUAAAUAAAUGUACAAAAACGUACAUUUAAAAGUAGUUUUAAUAGUUUUAAUUUACGAGAAGUAUUCGUGGCUGUGUGGUUCCGAAGUGACAAACAAAUUUUGGCAUUUAGUGGCAAACAAUCUAGUAUGGGUGACUUUAGUUGGAUUAAGCACGGGGUAAGUGAUUUGAAACAUUUGGGCAGCGAAGCGAAAUCCCACAUGGUUUCCAAAAAACAUUUAGAACAUGAACUGGAGUCGAGUGGACAUUCGUAGUCAGUUAAGUAGUGAUUACCGCGAUUCUAUAAAAAACCAUAAUAAGGCCGUUGACAGCAACCGUCACAUAUUGUCCAAAUUAAUUGACUGCAUAAAAUUUUGUGGCGCUUUUGAGCUUGCCUUGCGAGGGCAUGACGAAACGUCAACCUCAGAAAAUCCUGGUAUUUUCAGAGGUUUAGUUAAUUUAAUGGCUGAAAUGGAUAGUGUGUUAGAGGCACACUUAAGUAACACAAAAAAUAAAAUGUUUCAAGGUACAUCAAAAACCAUUCAAAAUGAAUUACCCAUUCAAUUUUACACGUCUAUCAAGACAUAAUAAAAAAAGAUAUUCAGGCUGCUAAAUAUAUCGCCAUACAGGCUGAUGAAACAACUGAUGCAUCAGCUCAAAUGCAGAUGGUUUUGAUAAUCAGAUAUGUAAUAGACGGUCGGAUUUACGAAAGGUUUUGGAGUUUUUUGAGACCAAUGGAUCACACUGCAGACGAGCUUUCGGCGGCAAUUCUGGAGGUAUUAAGUGAACUAGGAAUUGACAAAGUACCUGAAAAACUAAUAGCACAAAGUUACGAUGGUGCUUCCAUAAUGAGUGGUAUUGUUGGAGGGGUACAAGCUAAAAUUAAAAACAUCUAUGCAAAUGUCCAAUAUAGCAAAUGUUUUAUGUCCAAAAUUCUAAUGUUAAAUAUAUCCAACUCAGAGUUAAUGCUAUUGCAAUUACUACACAUGACAUAUAAUGGAGAUUUGUUUAAAAUGUUCGUGCGAGGAGUGGUCAAGUAAAAAGUAUCAUUGGACCUAGAUAUUUGGCGGGGAAUCCUAAAAUUUAUUUUGUUGGUUAUGAUUUUGAGCAGUGUAACCCUGAAAAAUACUUGCGCCUUGCUUCAAGACUCGAAAAACUAUGUCCUACUAACAGUUCGUUGUAUGGGGUGCCAAUUGGAGGAUACACUUGGUCUUCUCGGAAACUUAAAUAUUUGAGAAAUCGUUGAAGAGCCUCUAAUCUGGUAACCGAAGCAUAUUCAAGCUUUGAGCGGGUAAACGCAUAAUAAAGAUACUUUAACUUACUUGCAUUCUUAAAAUCCCGACAGUUCCGAAUUAUGAAUCCGUACAUGCGGCUUGCUGCAGUUAAUAUACCGUCAAUGUGGUCAUUAAAAUGAUAGUGCUGAAUCAAAAGUAACGCCCAAAUCCACAAAGUUAUUCGGUAAUUGUAAACAAUUGGAUCAGAGCUUAGUGAAUAAGACAUGACAUUACACUUCGGGGGAUUCAAAUUAAGGUUAUUUUCCCGACACCAUUCGAUAACUCUUAGAAUAUUUUAGAUAGCCUUUCACAAUCCGCGACGUUCUUAAUUGUUGUGUAAAAUUUAAAGUCCUCGGCGUAAAUUAAAAAAUCAACAUCAACCACAUCCACCAUGAUGUAAUUCACGAAAAUGUUAAACACCAACGGGUCUAGAUUUGAUUCCUGAGAAACACCGGAGGUGGCAGAAUACUGAUCAGACUUAAAUCCAUUUAAUUGAACGUAUUGUGAUCUGUUGGUGAGAUAUGAUAUAAGAAGCCGAAUAAGAUUGUUUGAAAGUCCAAGAGAGGCUAGUUUUUUACCAAAAUAUCGUGGUCAAGCUGAUAAAAUGCCUUUGUCAUAUCCAUAUAAAUAACAUCUGAGUUCGGUUGUCAAUUUUUUCUGAAGUAUACUGCGUAAUUAUGGAGAGAUUUGUAACUGUUGAACGACCUUUUACAAAUCCAUGUUGUCGAUCCGAUAUUAUGUUGCGGACGUGUUGGUAAACUGUACGUUCCAGCAACAUUUCAAACACUUUACUAAAGCUACAGAUGCUAGAGAUAGGGCGAUAGUUUUCCACCUCAGUUUUAUUUCCCUUUUUAUGUAUGGGACAAACCUUAGACUCUUUCCACACUGACGGUAUGGUUUUAGUCCUGAUGCAGGUAUUUAUAAGUACAGUUAAAGGAUGAGCCUGUGCUACAGCACGGUCUUUUAAAAGGAAAGCAGGAAUAUGGUGAGGUCCAGUAGUCCGCUUGGGCUUUACUGAUUUUAAAGUAUCUAAUACUUUGUUUCCCUAAAAGAUAGUAAUGUUUACGUGAUACAUGUGGCUUUCGUUUAUUGGGAUAUUUGUGGCUGAAGACUGCACAUAAGAUUUAAUAAAAAAAGGUAGCAAACUGAUGGAUUAAGAAGAAAGUUACCUUCAUAAAUCAUGGUAUUACCAACUUUAUUGGAGCAUUUUUUAUUAUUGAUGUAAGCCCAGAAUUUAUUGAAAUGAAUCGAUAUUUCUGAUUCAGCUUUUUCAAGAUAUUGUUUAUAGGCUCCAUCGACAUCAACUUUAAUUUGACUUCUUAUGCGUCUAAACUCCUCAAAAGCAUGAAUAUCAUUAUCUAUCUUAUACUGUCGCCAGAGUUUGGAUUUUUUGCGAAUUAAAUUUAUAAUACCUGGGAAGAUAAUUUUUCUUACUGCGGACUAGGUACACAUUUAUCUAACACAUUGUAUAAUUUCCCAUAAAAGUAUGAAUAGGCAUCAUUAACUUCAUAAAGCUUUCCAGAAAAGUCCAGUCAAUUUUGGAAAUCAUGUAAUACAACAUCGGAAAAUUCGUCUUACGAAAGUUAUAGCAAUUUAUGGAAGAUGACUCUAAAUUGACAGAUUUUAUUUAGAUUUUUGUCGUAUACAGAGCAGGUUUCGGUCGCAAAUUUUACUUUAGCACACAUUAUGGUAUUUUUAUAAAUUUUUAUGCAAAUUAUGAUUAUUAAAUUUAAUGGAAAAUUUAUGAAAUUGAUUUCGACUUGAUUAACAAAUAAAUAUUAGAAAUAUUUACAGUCCUUAGGGAAAAUGUUGUCGCAUUGUAUAGAGUAGUAACAAAACGUAUUUGGUUUAUUAUUUUGAAAUACUUUUUUGCUUGAGACACCCUUUAAGUAUUUUAAGUCCAAAAAUGCUCUCCGUAUAGCUUUAACUACGCAGAUCUGAAAAGAGUGAUCUUAUAUUGAUUUUUGUUGUCAUUUGUCCGUAAGAUGUUUUAAUAGAUGUUUGUUUUAUACCAAAGUUCCAUUUAAGUGAUAAAAAUCGAUUGUAUCAAAACCAUAGGUUAUUCUAAUAGCUUUAAAAAACAUUUUUUCUAUGAAUUAGGAUUAAGUAGGAUAUUUAAUAUCGGAUUUUGAAAGAUAGAACGUUUUUAAAUGUAUUUAUUUUGAGUUAACAGAGAAACCAAACUGUGUUUUUAGUUGAACUGAUAGUGAUUGAGUAAUAAAAAUUGAUAAUAGAAAUCAUUAUACAAAUGAAAAAAAUGUUAGUUUAUACACAUUUUAUUGUUGAACGAACACAUACAGAAGCAACAAUAAUAUACAGGGUUUCCCGAAAAUAAUGGUCAUAAAUUACACCACAUACUCUGGGGUCAAAAAGGUCGAUUAAACGAUGUACAAAAGUGCACUCAAACAGUUACAAGGUGUUUAAGUUAAAGAUUUAAAUACAUUUGUUUGACGUUGCUCUUAAAUAGUCUUGCUCGCUUGCUCUUACUAAUUUAUGAAAAAUUAUAUGGGAUUUAUUUAUUUUAUAAAUUUUCAUAAAUUAAUGCCAAACCGUUUUAAAGUAACAUUUAGAUUGAUUUAAAUUUUUAAUUAACUCUUUGUGCACUUUUUUACAUGGGUAGGGUUUAAUUUAUUGAUUUAUUUCCCAAAAUUUUGGGGUAUAAUUUAUGACCAAUCUUUUCGGAACUCCCUGUAUAUAAGAAUCCAGAAAACUAUAUUCACAGAUCCUAGACAAAAAAAUCGCUUCUUUUAAUUGAUAAUUUUUUGAGCAGGUAUUCCUACAGUAAAUUUAUUUAUUUUACGAAGUUCUAUUUUCCAAAAUCAGCUAGAUAUCAAUAUAUAGUGUCAUAUUUGAGGUACCCGUUUAAAGAAGGGUAGCUGUAUAUAAAUUGAUGCUCAAAAUUAUCAAACUCGUUUAUCUAGCCUAAAACUUUCAUAAACUCGAACUAUUUUCUAUAGUACAAUACGAAAUUAACAGAUAAGUACACCAAAAUUACUGGAAGAAAAUAGUUGGAUUUUAUUAUUAAAAUUAGGAAUUAAAAUACUGCAAAGUGGUACAAAUAAUAUUAUUCGGUAGAAGUUUAAUGAUAUGAAUAUUAUGAUUUUUUUCUAUUUAUUUUGCUUUUAUCUAUAUUAAAUUUGAAAACGAAGUGUUAAUUUAAAGAGUUUGUACUAUUAGAGAUGGUUUUAAACAAAUUGAUUGAAGGGGACCCAAAAAUACUGGAAUAUAAAAUCGUGUAAUAAUUUUUAGAUAUUCAACACCUGAGUUACCUUCAAACUACUCCGGUUUUAAUGCAAUUCACCUAUUCAAACGUUUUCCUCUUAUUUUAAAACACUUUUUGGGGCACUUUAAUGUCGGUAUGAGAGUGAACACUCGGUAUGUUUUUGCAGCAAUUCGUUUCUUGCCCAAUCAACUCUACAAGCCCAUCAAUGGACAGACUGCUCACAAUAAUUUCAGCCAGUACGCAAAUGCGGUUGAAUUCCAAAAAUUAAUAACUAUAGUUAUAAUAGGCAGUAAAUUAGUAUGUGAAGAAUAUCAUAUGUCAUUGCACAUCUGCCUUAUUAUUUCGGUAUUCAACUGUAGCAGGAGAUUCGUGUAAUACAAACCCUCCAGAAAAUAAUUAUGUUUUUGGACCCCUCUUCCCACAACAUGAAAUAUGAUUUCUCGAAUAAUAUGCAGCUAAACUGUGUUGUAACAAUACAUGCAUGUUUAAUGUUUAUGCAAUAACGAAUGUGCAGUCUAUGAACAUGUGAUUGAGAUAUGUUGAACAUGUACUUGCCAAACAAAGUUCUAAAUAAGAUUAGCAGGAUUACCAAUAUUAUAAUUUCUAUCACGUUACUAGACUUAAAACCGUCCAUAACUCUAUAACUACAAUAAUUAUAAAUAUUUCAUUUAUAAUUUUUAUAGGUUCAUUCCAACACACGCGAAAAUCGUAAUAUUAUGGUACAAAUCAUGCGCUGUACGCAAAAAUCGUAUACAUCGCAUCAUUUGGACCGUAAUAUUAUGAUUUUCGCUUGUGUCUGAACAGACCUUAUAUUAAUUUAAAAUUAAAUUUGUUGGUAGUCCGUUUAAAACAAAAUUAAAUAUGUAUUGAUUGUUAUAGUAUAUUUUUCUAUACCCUGCCAAUUACUGUUUAUAAGUCACGUUGCAUUUAUUAAUUAAAAACCUUGGGACCAGAAGAGGACAUGCCACCUAACAAAAUUUUUCGAGAAAUCGUUAUUUUUAAUUUAUUUUCAAAUCGUGAAAUCAAAUUUUUAAAUUUUUAUCGGAAAUAUAGUCAACAGUUUGGAAAUGUGUAAUUUAAGUCAUUAAAGUAACAACGGUUUUUGAGUUUUUGGAUAUUCUUUGAAAAAAAUCUGAUGUAUCCAACACAUGAUUUUCUUGUCUAAUUAUUAAGAUUUUUCCUGGUUAUUUUGUACAACCUAUUAUAUCAUCACUGUAUUAGAGGAUGAACUAAAUACAUACAUUUGCUACACAUAUCUUACUUGAAACAUUUUUUUAAAUUAUAUUCAUUGCUAACGAAAAUACUGAAAAAUUUAAAUUUUACACUUUUCCUCAAAUUUUUUCAUUAAGGUCCAUUUUAUAGAAAUUAUGUAUAGACAAAAAUGAAAGAAAAUGAUAUCGCAGACAACUUUUAUUUGAAGAAUUUUCUUCUCCAAGCGUAUAUAUCAGAUAUAUUCUUUAAAGUAGAAAAACGAUCCUCUAUAAAUUACCCCCUGAUGCCCCGACUAUGUCCAAAAUCUAAUCAACUCCAUUAGAGAAUGGAUUUUGGCUUUAGUUUAAAAUUUGGUGUUUUUCUCUUCAUCCGUUUUUGAGUUUUCAAAAUUCGAAUUUUGCACUUUUCCUCUGAUACCUCGAAUACGGUCCAUUUUAGGGAAAUCAUGUAUAUAACAAAAAUUAUAGAGAAUGACAUCACAAGCAACUUUUACUUAAACAAUUUUCUUUAAAAAAUCGAAUUUUGCGCUUUUUGCCAAAUUUCAUGAAUACGGAUCAUUUUAGGAAAAUCGUGUACAGAGUAAAAAUUAUAGAAAAUGACUUAACAAGCAACUUUUAUUUGGCGAAUUUCCUUUUUCAAGAAUAAAUAAAAUAUUACAUAAAGUAGAAAAAAGACCCCAUAUAAAGUACCGCCAAGAUGCUCCGAUUAUGCCAAAAUCUAAUCUUCCCAAUAGAGGAUGAAUAAGUGUUUUUUGUUUAUACGUUCAUGAGUUAUUGAGUAUACAGCCACACAGAUAUCAUCGCGAAAAUAGUCAAAACGGAUUCAGGGGACCCCAAAACGUAAAAAUCCGUCGAUAACUCGAGAUCGAUAAUCACAAUUCUUAUACUUUCCUUCUGUAUACAGACAGGAAAGUAAAAACGAUUGUAUUACGAAAAAAUAAACAUAAAAUGCAAUUCAGUUCUCAUUAUCUUCAAUAUCCGAAGAAAUAUCCAGAUGUUAAAUAUCUACCAGUGGUCCAUUAUCAAUAUCUGAUAGAAUGUGUUGACAAGCACCAAUUUCUUUAUGACAUUUUUGGGAAAGCUGGCGAAAUAAACUGCAAGAGCUGGAAAAUAUUUUCAAGUAGAACAAGUUCACUAGAUUUUUAUUUAAAAUCUCUGGAAAUCAAAUCAAAUUAUUUUUGUGUACAUCAAUUUUAAAACUUCUUCGUGAAAAGUAUUAAUUUUUCCAUCAGGGGCUUCAUCAAUUUUUUUACACUCAGCUGAACAGUAACUUUUGUUUUUCCAAAUGAUGAUAGUACUUUUUCCUCUCAAAAUAGGAAGUGUAAAAAAUAUCAAAACAUACGAUACAAAUAAAGUUGGUAAAUUCUGUCUUUUUCCAGCAUUUAAAAUAUCCAUGUUAUUUAUUUAAGAAAAUUAUUUAUAUUAAAUUUUAAUUAUAAUCUCGUAUCACUUCCAAAAUUUAACAAUUUUAAUGUUUUAAGACACUAUCAGGAAUAUCAAUCAAUAGAUAGUUAUUAAUUUUUAUUUGACAAAAAAUAUUAGUUUUGUAAAGUAAAAUUAAAUUCCUCAAACCUUUAUUCCUGUAGACUCUCAUUAUGUUUCUGACUACGAACCUUUAGCUGGCUUUGGAAUACUCGUUUGAAAUGCUCCUGAUCAUACCUUGUCUCCAAGGCUUGAAUGUGAGACAAAUAAAUGGCUCCCACUUGGGGAAGUAACUGUAAAACGAUUGAUACCUGUCCUCACAGCGACACUAUCAAUGAAGCUGCCAUCUAUUUCUCGGCCCAGCCACUGGCUCUAGCUGCAGCUUCAAAUUGGAGUCGAUACGUUACCCAUGUUGUCUAAGCUUCAAACGUGGGUGGCUUAAGGGUCUUGAUUGUAUGGUUUUGUUAUACUGGGUUUUAAUGUGGCUUGGUUCGGUUAUAGAUAUAGACGAGAUACUGUUUUCGCCUUCACUGUUGCUUACCGAAGGUAGGCUACAAAUUCUUCUUUCUAACUAAACUAGCUCAGUUCCAAUUUGCCUACUCUAGCCGUUUCUUGUUGUAUAAAUUAGAUUUUAAAUUAUCUUGUUGUUGUGCUAAGGAUCUAUUCAGCUGUUUAGUUUACCUACCUCUUGCAUGAAGUUUUCUUGAAUUUGUAGCAAGCCAUUCAUAAUUUUCACCUCUGCUUUUAUACGCCUCUGCUCCUUCUCUUUUUCUUAUUCCUUCGUACGCCUUUCCUUUUCCUCUUCUUCUUCCUUUCUACGCCUUUCCUUUUCCGCCUCUUCUUCCUUUCUUUGCCUUUCCUUUUCCUCCUCUUCUUCCUCUCUACGCCUUUUCUUUUCCUCUAUUUCUUCCUUUCUUUGCCUUUCCUUUUCCUCUUCUUUCUCCUUCCUGCGCUUGUCCUUUUCCUCUUCUCGCCGUUCUCUUUCCUCUUCUCGCUGUUCUCUUUCCUCUUCCAUCUUCAAAAGUGUCCAUAUCUAUUUCGUACGCAGUGGAUAUAGUAUUUACCAUGAAUAUAAUGCUUAUGUUACUUUAAUUUUAUAUCCCACCGCUGUCACCAAUGUUACACUGGUUUUUUGGUAACUCAAUUUAUUUAAAACUCGACCUUUACAAUUCAACUAUAGAACUUACAACAUGAAAGUAAAAUGUCUGUCAUAAAACGGACUCUCUGACGUCAGGAUCAUCAACUUAUAUCGCUUUAACCUUCUAGAACCUUCUCGAACCGUCAAUAUGUUUAUUGACACGGAAUUUCUAGACAUUUCUAGACGGUUAUUUGUACUUUUACAGCCGCAGCUUACUGUCAGGUGAUGGGUGACAUUGCCGUUUCUUCUUUUAUUCGUACAAUUGCUGUAACCGCUGCAGGCUAAUGCAGGGUGCUGGGUAACAGUAAUGUAUUUCAGUAUAUAAUAUUGCGGCAGAAUAAACUUUAAACAAACCCUAUAAAUUCAGUAAAUUCAUAUUAGAACAAGUAUAUAAAUUUUCCUGGACUCUCUUAUUAAUCAGAAAAUUAUUAACUGCUUUAAAGUUCUCAUUUAUAAGAUGUUUGAUAUACAUUAUGUUAGGUUGUUCAGAUAUUUUCGAAAAGUUUACCUUUCUCUUAUUUUGACUAGAUUUUUGAAAUUGUGUUUUGGCAAAACAUUAACUAACAUCUAGGCAACCAAUAAUUACUUUCUUGUGUUGUUAGUAUUUUAUUGACAAACAUAUUAAUUAUUUAUUCUCAACGACUUGUGUGUUUAUAUUGCUUAUUAAAGUUAUUUAGUUUUCAAAAAAGUGGGUUAUUUUGUCUUGUAUUGUGCUUUAAUUAUUUUGUGCUGAUUUAGAAUGGAAAAUAAGAACCAAAACAACAUUAUUACUAGUUUGUAAAUUUAACCAAAUUCUAUUUUUAUAAUUCAACCUGUGUUCUUCUUUGAUAUAAACAUUCAAUAAAAAUGUAUAUUAUUGAUUUUAAAUCCAAAAAAAAAAUGUUUAUAAAGAUUUAUUUUUAUUUGUUUUCUUUUCGCAACUGGUGACAUAAUGAAUUUUAUUUACAACCAUAUAUGUAAUGCUGUCAUUACUAACGUCAUUGAAGGUUGGGAAGUGUCACAUUACAUACCUCUACUUCCCGCCCUCACUUCCUGUCCUCACUUCCCACCCUCACUUCCCGCUCUCACUUCCCGCCCUCACUCCCCGUCCUCACUUCCCGCCCUCAUUUCAUCUAUUCUAGAUGAAUAUUUUUUAUAUUUAAAAAAAAUAACACAUUUUUUUGACAAAUUUUUUACAUAUUUAAUGGCAAACAAUAAAAACAACAAUGAACUAAAAUACAACAAACUACUUAUUGAUAUUUAUUAUUCGCGAAUUUAAUUAUAUUGGUGACAGUUGUUUACCCCGUAAUCACGGUAACAAUAUAUUUACUUGAUUAUUCUGAGAAAACCGCGCGCUUGGUAAUUUGUCGUUAAAUGUAAUAUUUUAGGUAUGUUCAGAACGAAACAGAGAUUUAUUAACUUUGAUCGAAAUAUG